CACUUUCACUAAUUUUUAAGCUUAUUAUUAAUUAUUAAUUUAUUACCAUGUUCGUUCUUUCUCGUCUUCUCGAACACCGCGUUCCAGUCUUUUAGAUAAAGUUUCCUCCGUUAUCUUUCACGCGCCAACACUUCCGUUCGUUUUCUCUUCCAUUUUUCUCAGGAAACAAUCAGCUAAUCCCAAAAUCAAGACUUUACCUACAUUUUCCCCAGUCUCUGUGUGUUUACCCAAAUUUCACCUGAACAAUCACAAUCCACCAAGCAUUUUUCCCAUCACCGGAAACCCUAGUCUCCUUCAGAUCUCCUUGUUCUCGCUCAUUGCUAGAGCUUAGAUCUGCAGAUUCGGUCCCAUGAGUCGCUACGAUUCAAAUCCUUUCGAAGAAGAAGAGGUCAAUCCCUUUGCGGACCAGGCAGGUCGAGGGAAAGGAUCAGGGCAAUCAAAUUAUGGUGGAGGUGCUUUUUAUAUGACAAACCCUGGGAAUGUCCCCCCUGCAACUUCAAGACUUUCACCCCUACCUCCUGAACCUUAUGAUCGUGGUGCAACAAUUGAUAUUCCUCUUGAUAAUGCAAAGGAUUUGAAAGCAAAGGAGAAAGAACUUCAAGCUAAAGAGGCUGAAUUAAGAAAGAGGGAACAGGAACUAAAACGGAAAGAAGAUGCUAUUCAACGAGCUGGAAUUGUUAUAGAGGAGAAGAAUUGGCCACCAUUUUUUCCGAUUAUCCACCAUGACAUUGCAAAUGAAAUACCAAUUCAUCUACAGAGGAUUCAGUAUGUUGCAUUUACAACAUUCUUGGGUUUGUUUGUGUGCCUUCUGUGGAAUAUCAUAGCUGUUUCGACAGCCUGGAUCAAAGGAGAAGGUCCAACAAUAUGGUUUUUGGCUAUCAUAUACUUCAUUUCAGGGGUGCCUGGAGCAUAUGUUUUGUGGUAUCGCCCUCUUUAUCGUGCUAUGAGGACUGAUAGUGCUCUGAAGUUUGGAUGGUUUUUCUUGUUUUACCUGCUCCAUAUUGCCUUUUGCAUCUUUGCUGCAGUUGCUCCUCCAAUUAUUUUCAAGGGCAAAUCUCUCACGGGUAUUUUGCCUGCAAUAGAUGUCUUGGGUGAUCAUGCUUUGGUUGGGAUAUUUUACUUCAUUGGAUUUGGACUGUUUUGCCUCGAGUCACUGCUCAGCGUCUGGGUUAUUCAGCAAGUAUACAUGUAUUUCCGGGGCAGUGGCAAGGCUGCAGAAAUGAAACACGAGGCUGCAAGAUCGACCAUGAUGGCAGCUCUGUAAUGCGUCGGCUUUGUGAUGAAGGUGGUACUUGGGAACUCAGAGGCGAUUUAUCCAAAUUCCUUUAAAUACCCAUUCCUUCGGCACUUUUCACAGCUUGACGUGUUUUGUAGUUAUUCUUGAUUUGUUUCAUUUCUUUUCAUCAGAGAGAAGUGUACUAAAACCAGAACAUUGAGAUAGUAGCUUGUUAGACCUACAGUUGUGCAGUCGGAGAGUGGCAUCUUUGAGUCUUUGAGUCCGAGCUUUGACAUAUUAUUUUUUCAUGUUGAUUCUAUAAAAGCGUUUUGUAUGUUUUUUUAUUA